AUGUGUGUUUUUAGAGCCAAAUUUAAGGUGUUUGGUUUCUUUUAUGGAAGACUUUAUGCUCGGAAAGGAAAGUGCUCAGAGUUUUCCCAGAGAUCCUGUGAAGAAUGUCUAAAAAAUGUUGCGUGCCUUUGGUGUUAUACCAACAACACUUGCAUUGAUUACCCUGUAAGAAGUAUUAUUCCAUCAUCAUCACUAUGUUCCCUCUCAAAGGCUCGAUGGGGAGUUUGCUGGAUAAACUUUGAGGCUUUAAUUAUUGCGAUGACUGUAGUAGUUGGGCUCACUCUGGUGUCCAUAGCAGUCUGUUGCUGUUACUGCUGUUACUGCAGAAGGCGUUCCAGGAGCCUGAUUAGACCAGAUGAAGAAGAAGAACAGCUAGCUAGAAAGAGAGAGGAACGAAAACUACAGUCUCUUCAGAGGUAACAAGACGAGAAGAGUCAUAACCAAAUUAAUGUUAGGCUUGGAGCUGUUGGGUGUGAGUUUGAAUCCCCACAGAAUGCCAAGGAAGUUGAUCUUAGGAAACAUGAAAGAAAACUGAAGCAUGAUGAAAUACGCAAGAAAUAUGGAUUUUGGGCAUCUACACCACUUGCUCCAGUUCUGUAA